AUGGCCUCCGAACUCACUCAACAACCGGAUCGUCGGGAGGAUUACGACGUCCCUGGACCUUCAAGCUCGACACAGCAAACUCGACGACCCAUCGCAUGGCGACUAGACGAGACGCCCGACGUGAUCCUGCUCCACAUCCUCAAAUACCUCCCGCCCGUCGAAAUCGAACGAUGUCGAGUGCUGUGCCGCUGGCUCCAGGAAUUCAUCGACGAAUGGCGCUCAAUUCUGCCGCCCGUCCCGCUGCAUCGACUCGAAUUGUCACCUGGAAAGAUGCGUAUCUGGCAAACCGAGAGCAGCGGUGCGUAUCGAGGUGUGCUCUGGCAAGCCACCUCCACCGAAGCCUACGAACUCAGGUUACGUCAUCUCCGCAGGCGUAUCCGGGUCGAUUGUCUAACUUUGAGGGACAUUGACUGGAUUUCCUUCGCGCGGCACCCGAUAGCUUGCCAGCGUCUCUUCCUCUACAUCGCUUCCUCAACCCUGACAUUUACGCAACUACUCAAUCUACUCGAGUCGCAGCCCAACUGUCGACAGCUUGAUCUAGUGGUGGAAGGAACGUUGGCGCCACCCCCUUGGGCGUUCCCCGGCCGCCUCGGGCAUCACCUGCUCGGCCGCCUUGAAAAUCUUCGACUCGUCGGCCCAGGAGCACUCGCACUCGUCCCCCUCGAUAAUAGCAUCCUCCGACGUCGUCAAUACACUCAGCUGUACGCCGUGGACGACGGAGAGCCACGCGUCACCUCUCAAGGCCUCAUUGCCGUCGUCGAUGAGUGGCGGCAUCGAGGCCGGCGAGUCGAAUACAUCGCACUCCGGGUCGCCGGUGACGAGGCUCAGCGGCAUCAGUUCCACCUGCACUUCCCGGAUGCGGCCGUGGUUAACGUGCGGCCGGAGGGCGCGGUCGACGGGCACUUGGAGCGGAUAUCGGCCCUCAACCGCACCUCCGAUACCUCAUUUGCUGGCCAUGAUCUCCAACAGGGUGGAUCCCGAUCGAUACGACUGCUCAUCGAAAGCGAACAGCCGGGCGUCUACAAGCGGGCCAUA